CAUUCUCGAACCGAAGCCAUCCCAAACAUCGUCCACUACACCUAUCUCAAGAAGGACUCGUCCUCUACCUUAGACCUCACAUUCCAGGAUUUCCUCUCAAUAUACUCAGCAAGCCUCUACUUCAAACCGAGGAGUAUUCUCAUCCACACCGACCACAACGCCACCUACCUCAAAACCGCCGCGAAAGAAGGCAGCAGAUGGACACGUAAGAUCCUAACCGGUUUCCCCAAUAUCCUAAAAAUGAACUUUGUCGUCCCGCCUACCGAAGCAAACAACAUGCUCAUCAAGAACAUCGAGCACAAAUCUGACUUUGUGCGAUGGGAACAACUCUACGCCACCGGUGGGAUAUAUCUAGACUGGGAUGUCGUAGCGCUCCGCGACAUCGCUCUGUUUCGUCAAAUCGGAUUCCGGAAUGUUGUAGGACGCCAAUAUGGCGGGAAGGUGAACCCAGGGCUGAUGAUGGCCGAGAAAGAAAGUAGGAUGUCAUACUUGAUGACGAGAGAAAGCCCGCAAGUCUUUGAUGGGGAGUGGGAAACCCAUUCUGUAGACCUGCUUACUCACAUCUCGCAACGUCUCGUUCGUGUCGAAAACGAAGUCUUGAUUCUCGACGAAAUGGCUUGGGCGCCGACAAAUUGGGAGGCCUGGUCAUUUGAUAAACUUUUCGGGACGCACAAUGAACCGCAGCUUGUUUCGGAUGAGGAAGUCAUAGAAGACCAGGAACAAGAUCCAAUUGCCAGGUGGGAUAAUAGAAGAAUGAGAGCGGAGUGGGAGAUGGAUUUCUCAGGGACUUAUCUAUUACAUGCGUUUAAGAGUCGAGGACAUAAUGUUGAGGGCUUCAAGGGGGUGAGUGUGAAGUAUGUGAUGCAGAGAAAUAGCAACUAUGGGAGAGCGGCGUAUCCAGUGGUGAAGCAUAUGGUUGAUCAUGGAGUUGUGAAUGAGACUGAUGAC